UGGCGUUAUUUCAUAAGUACAUGGCUGAACAGCUGCGGCGUGGACCUGUGGAACGUGAACAGCAUGGCGGACACGGGGAUCGAUAUCCAAAAUCGCGCGAACAACACCCUCAAACGCUAUAACCCCGCGUUCCAGGAGCUGUUCUCUGUGGCGCACCCAAGCCGGUUCGUGUUUGUGGAGACGGCGAAGGCGGACCCGCCGCUACGUCCAAAUGAUCGACGACAUCAAUCACCAUCGUCGUGA